AUGCUUAACUCAUCCGUCCGGUCAGCUCAGGCUGCUAUAGAAAGUACAACCUCCCAGAGGAUACCAAGGCGUAUGGCUCCACAAGACCUCGCCAAUGACCCUGAUAACAUCGAUUGUCUGCGUUGUCCGAGUCGACCGCCAUUUCCAGACGGUGCAUCCCAGUCUGGAGGCCGGCAAAACGGUCUUUGUCGAAUGGCCCCUCGACCGCAAUCUAGACUGGCAAAGAGAAUGGCUGCGUUGGCAGCUGCUCACGGCGCAAAGACUAUGUCGGACUACAGGCUUCCUACUGGCCGGUUAUCCGCAAGCUGCGUCAGUUGGUGCACGAAGGAGCCCUUGGCCGGAUUCUGUCUAGCACCCUUCCAGUCUCCCCUAGGGGAAUUCAAACCCUUUACCAGCAGCUGUGCCAUCAGUCGUCCGCGGCUGGACAUUGUCAAUUACGCGGACGGGGGCAAGUGGUCGAGAACCCAGUGCGCAACACAGCUCCAGAUCACAUUCUCAUUCAUGGCACAACAGAGUCAGAUGCGUUCGGCACCAUCAGCCUGUACGCAGGGAAUGCCAGGCCUGCCGCGACUGGACUGGCGCAUUCAACGCGAAAGAGGCUGGCUGCGAGUGGCUUCCCUGGGAUACCUCAAUGUCGGCACACCCGAGACCAAGUUGGAGCUUUCUCAUACUGACUCCGGGCGAGUCGAAGAACUCAAAGUGGACAAAGACGAAUGGAUUCUUUGCCAAUCCUUAGUCAAGAUAUUGCGCGACUAUACGAGGCAUAUCGCAGAGGGGAGUCGUAUCCUACAUUCGGCUGGGCUGUGA